AUGGCUAAGUCGUUUGCAAAUCAGAAAGAGAAUUGUUUGUCAAAAGUUGAUUGCAGUCGUAAAGGAGUUAUUGAUUUGCCGAUUCAUGAUUUAUGCCAGUAUAUUAAUUCUCGUGAUAGACUAUUCACUACUAGUUCGUGUUCAGGAAGAAUCAUUAUCUUUGAAGAUGAAGAGGAGAAUGGUGUGAAGAAAAAAGGAUGCAAAUGGCUGUUUACUACCCACACCCAGACAAGUCUUGAAGAAAUGAAAGAUGCAUUGAUGGACAUAGCUGGAGAAGCAGUGUUCAAAUUUGAACCGUUUGUUAUGCAUGUCCAGUGUCAAGAAUUGCAAGAUGCUCAAAAUCUGCAUUCUGUUGCUGUUUCUUCAGGAUUUAGAAAUUCAGGAAUUACAAUUGGUAAAAAAGGGAAAAUUAUUACGGCCAUAAGAAGCACUCAAGGUUUGGAAGUACCACUUUCCUGUGAAGGUCAAAUUCUCAUUUCAGAACAGUACAUUAACCACAUCAUUAAAAUUGCAAACAAAAAAAUGGAGGAGAAUGAAAAUCGAAUUGACAGGCUUACUCAUAACCUAAAAGCAAGUCUUGAAGCCUUUCCCUCUGAAAAUCUUCCAGAAUUAAGUAAAAAGAAAAAACUACAAAAUAAGAAAAGAAAAGACCCAGAUUUGUCCUCAACAACAACCAAAGCAAAGACAGAAGAUUCUUUCACAGAUUUGGACUUAAGUGAUAUGUUUAUCAAAUAA